GUGACCCGGCAGUGGACCGGUGUGACCCGAGCCCAGAGCGCACAGCAGCGGCUCACGGGGCUGUGGUAUGGCGUGGACGGCCCGCUGCGGGGCUCUGCUCCGGCUCACGGGACCGGAGGGCUUCAGCGGGAGAUGGCGCCUAAACAUUCAGCAGAGAUGUGAGUUUAAAAAAGCAGCGCGAAAACCAGAGGGACGAAAAGGAGAAGAAGAACUGGCCCCCAGCAGUCCCCCCUCCUCCGCCCGGGACCCCCCAGCACCCAGGGACCCCCCAGCACCCAGGGACCCCCCAGCACCCCUGGAGGCCAGAGCCCGGGACCCCCCACGGAGAGAGGGACCCUACAGGGACUUUGGACGACUGGUCAAACCAAUGUUCUUCACUGUGGGGUUCACAGGUUGUGCGUUCGGCGGGGCGGCCGUGUGGCAGUACGAGAGCCUGAAGUCCAGAGUCCAGAGUUACUUUGACCAGGUCCAGGCCGACUGGUUAGAAAAGCUGCGGCCGAAGAAAAGAGGAGACCUGCGCAAAGACGUGAACCAAUGGUGGCACAGUUUGAGCGAGGGCCAGCGCACGGUCACAGGGAUCAUUGCUCUGAACGUUGUGGUUUUCUGCUGUUGGAGAAUCCCGUCUCUACAGAGGACCAUGAUCCGAUACUUCACAGCUGACCCCGCCUCCAAGACCCUGUGCUCUCCGCUCCUCCUCUCCUCCUUCUCUCAUUACUCCCUGUUCCAUCUUGUUGCUAACAUGUACGUGCUGUGGAGUUUCUCCAGCAGUGCGGUCUCCAUGUUGGGCAGGGAGCAGUUCGUGGCCGUGUACCUGUCUGCAGGUGUGAUCUCUUCUUUCUUCAGUUACGUCGCUAAAACUGCCACUGGACGCUUCGGCCCGUCUCUCGGCGCAUCUGGAGCGAUCAUGACGAUCUUGGCGGCCGUUUGUACAAAGAUGCCUGAGUCUAAACUGGCGGUGAUCUUCCUCCCGAUGUUCACCUUCACCGCGGGAAAUGCGCUGAAGUCUCUUGUGGCUCUGGAUUCGCUCGGUCUGAUUCUCGGCUGGAGGUUUUUUGAUCAUGCGGCUCAUUUAGGAGGAGCUCUGUUUGGAAUUUGGUAUGUUUUAUUUGGACAUGAGUUGAUCUGGAAGAAACGUGAACCUUUUGUCAAAAUCUGGCACGAUUUCCGAACGGGAGGAGGAAGAGGAGGAGGGACGAGAGGAGGAGCAGUGUGAAGAGGAGGAGUGACGAGAGGAGGAGCAGUGUGAAGAGGAGGAGGGACGAGAGGAGGAGCAGUGUGAAGAGGAGGAGGGACGAGAGGAGGAGCAGUGUGAAGAGGAGGAGGGACGAGAGGAGGAGCAGUGUGAAGAGGAGGAGGGACGAGAGGAGGAGCAGUGUGAAGAGGAGGUGAUGCACAGAUCCUGUUGCUAGGCGCCUGCUCUGUUGUGGGAAGGGGCGUUACCUUGGACAGCCUCGCUCCUGAUUGGCUCUGUGGUUGCUAUGAUACUGGUGGUAGACUUGUUGGUAUUGGACUGGUCUCCUGAUGAUCCUCUACACCUGCUCCUCAGGAGCCUCCCGUGGAGCGGACGCCGCGGUGACGUCACACUCGUCUUUAUGGAUGUCGUCUGCAGAUCUCCGUCUCUGUCAUGUUGAAAUUAGGCUUAAAUUCAGCUAAAACUUUUAUAAUUAAAGGGUUGUAUUUAUUUUGCUGUUCAUUUCCUGUAACGACGUUUAUAAUUUAGUUUCCAAAGACUCAUUUUUCAUAUUUGUCUCUUUAAAACACUGUUUUUGUGUCUGAUUUCUAUUGUAAUUCUAUGAUUUUUCUUUAAAUAAAAGAUGUAAACUUGGGG